AGGGCAGGUGAUACUAGGCAACGGACGUUGAGCAAGGAGGACCCAGAGCUCACACUGAACACAGACUCUGAGCACACACCCACCGACACACACAAACAUACACACCUGUGACUCCAGCAGAGUAUUCAGACCAGUGCAGAGGAGGACUUUGGAAGAAACACUAUUACAAACCCCUCAUUUCCUGCUGGCCUCUCGGAAGACAGCAGAAAAAUGCAUUUUCGAGUGCAAAGGGAGUGAGCUGAGCCAGAGAGAUAAAAAGGGGAUCUUCUUCAUCCAACAGAUAAUUCCGAAGUUAAGAACAGAUCAAGAAAAAGUAAGAAAGAGCAGACAAGUCCGGAGGGGAAUCAACAAAGGAGGGUUAAAUAUUCCUGAAGAUGGAACCACAGAUUUGGCAAAUGCAGGUCGCCCCUCAAAGCUCUCCGGGAGAGCUGAAAAAGACAGUGUCAAUCAUGAGCCAGCCGGAGUGCUCCAUCUGCUACAACACCUACGACAAUGUCUUCAAAACACCCAAGCAGCUGGAAUGCACCCACACAUUCUGCCUGGAGUGCCUCUCCCGCCUCAUGGCAGUGUCGCUGGGUGACCAGGAAGAAUACAGCGGCAGCCCUCGCCUCUUAUGCCCCUUCUGCCGUCACCCGACCACACUGCCUGAGCAGGGACCCCCGGCCCUCACGACCAGCCGAGAGGUCCUUUGCAAGCUGCCCAGCCACCAGCAGCAGGAGGAGCCGGUGUGGCUGGAGGGGGAGAAACUGUGCUACAAAAGCUCCAAGCAAGACGCCGGCUUGGGCUCCUCUGAAAGCCCCUCAGCCUUCUGCAUCUGCAUUGACAUUGGGGCCAGCAAGGCAAUAGAUGCUCCGAUCCAGACGGGGCCCCGGACUUAUGGCCUGCUGGACCGGCUGGCAGACUGGAAAAGGAUGGUGCUCUUCAUGGUGCUCAUCGUGCUACUUAUCGUGGUUGUGUUAUGGCCACUGCAGUGUGUGUUCAGCACUGGGAACAUGCGCUGUAUGCGGGAUCACGUCAUCCCGAACCCCACUACCACAACUACCACCACCUUCAGCCCGUUCACCAAAAGACCGGGUCGGACUCAGUGAACUUUAGACUGACUACUUCACUAUAACCAUACAUAAUAUUGGAUUGGAGCACCAAAAUGCUUUUUUGCCACAUAUUUUAAAGCCACUUUGUAUGUCCUAUUUAGAUGUUGGACUUCUGCAUCCCUAGUGUUUGGUUUCAAAAAUGGGGUGGGAUGAAAGGGAUGAAAAAACACAGACUGAAAUAAUCUUCACUGUAUUUAUCUAUUAUUGUGUCAUUAGCUUGAGUUGAAUUAAAAAGAUGUACCCAUAGCUGCUUUAAUUCUACAAAGAUGGAAAUCACUACAUGUAAACUCAAAGUCUAAAGUGGUGGGAGAUGAUCUCUGACAGGUGACACAAACGUUUACCGUAAUCCAAAUCUACAGAGCGUACUGGAUAUCAGAUGACAGAGCAUGAGUGCGUUGAUAUAAACAGUUGUUUCCAAACCAAACAGUAACAUUAUUUUGAACUUUGAUUUGUAAAUAUAUGAUUCAGUUUACAGUAAGAAAAAAUGAAGGUCACAAAACAGAAAGAUGAAUGUAAACCCAAUGUGCCAACAUCAACUUUAUAAAGUGGGCUUUUCGUCAUGGCCUUGUUUACAGAACAUUGUAAAAAGGGAGACUUUAGCUCGGAUCAUAUUUCUAGGAAACAUUUGAGCCUCCUUAAUUAGAUUAGUAUCAUUUAAUGUGAUUUGGCACUUUGUAAGUUAGUGGUUUAAUCUUUGUGACGCGCAGGUGUAUCACAUUCCCCUAUAAAUAGCACACAGCUCCUGACGUGCUUAAACGCAAAUAAAAAAAAGGUGCCAUUUCCCCGA